AUGCAGGAGCUCUGUGACCUGUCCAGGGUGUACCCCUGUCUUGUGCCCUAUGAUGUCUGGGACCCUGACCAAAGUGAAUUUUUGAUAAAGAAGGCAACAUACAUUGUCACCUCGGUUGUCGCCCCGCACAACCAGAAGAACAGCAAUGUCAUCCCGCACAACCAGACGAACAGCAUUGUCAUCCCGCACAACCAGACGAACAGCAAUGUCAUCCCACACAACCAGACAAACAGCAUUGUCAUCUCACACAACCAGAUGAACAGCAUUUUCAUCCUGGUGUCAGAAGAAGACAAGCGGGAGAUCCAGAGCCCCACCAUCGUGAUUGUGGUGCCCGUCCUUUACUCGGUCGCAUUCCUUGUCGGGCUCCCAGCGAACAUUCUGGCCCUUUGGGUGCUGAUCUUCCACACGGAGAAGAUACCAUCCAACAUCCUCCUCAUCAACCUGACAGUGCUGGAUGUGCUCCUCCUUCUGAUGUUGCCCUUCCGCAUCACUUACUACUUUGCUGGUUUGAACUGGUUCUUCGGUGAGCCACUGUGCCGACUGGUCAUAGCUCUUCUCUAUGGUAGCAUGUAUGGUUCAGUACUCACCCUAGCAUUUAUCAGCAUAGACCGGUAUAUAGCUCUGGUUCACCCCUAUAGUGCUCUGACCCUGCGCAGCCAUCGCACCUCCCUGGCCAUGAGUGUGUCCGUUUGGGUGGUGGUCCUGUUGGCCAUGCUGCCCCUGUUACUCUUUCGCCAGUCCUACCAGCUGAGCGACCCUCCCAUCAACACCUGUCAUGAUGCCCAGCUUGAGCCUUUGCUGACCACUUUCUAU